AGUAUCAAUUUAAUAUUCGACAAACAAAAGUGUUAAAAAUGUAUUCAAAUUUGUUCAACAUUCGUCUAUCUGCACUUUUUGUUUUCGUUAAUUUUAUUGUAAUUUGUUACUCGCAAAUUGUUGUGCAAAACGAUGCAAAUAGUAAUUUUUAUUCGGUAGCAAUGCCAAGUGCACAAAUCUCCUUUCAACGAUACUUUCCUGGAGCAGCCGUAGUUCCAAACAACGUCGUUCCAAAUAAUCGUUUAGUUCUUUCAAAACCGAUCUCUCAACCAGUUUAUCAACCACAACAAGAUCCUUACAACAUUCAGCAAAUAGAUACAUUUAGACAUCAAGUGCAUCCUCAAGUAGAAAGAGCGAAGUUGUCACAAUUUUCAUUUUCACCAGAAGUGUCAUCAGUCAGAUUUUCCAGCAAUGGCCUUAAUUAUAAUUUCUAAUGUAAAAUAUUUUUGUACAUAUUAAAAAGAAACAAAUUUAAAGAUUUCAAAUCAAGGAUAAGAAUUUCUUUUAUUUUUUAUAUUUUUUUUUUUGGUU